AAAAACAGGGCAGAUGUGUUGCUCAUAAUCAUGGUAGCGCAUUAUGACGAAGGAGUUCAAUUUGACAGUCUAGUAGUCCAUCAGCUGAAGCUGCACAGGGGUAGCUCAUCCUGAGCGAGCAGCUCAGUCUGUCACAACACACCGGCGUCGUGUCGUGUGCUUGCUCCAUCGCGAGGGCUCCAGCUAUGUGGCUUUAGUUUUCCUGGUUGCGUGGAAACUAAAAGGGGCUGCAUUGAACGAGCACCCUCGAAUGAAAAAAGGGAGAAUUUACUGUGGGCGCUACGUGCCUUUGCCUUGGUGUGUGCACAAGUUGGACAGGCUGCAAAAGAGAGAGAACCGUGUGGAAGGGGGAAAUCAGAAUAUUUAAGUGAACCGUGUUGUGGAGUGCGUGGGGAUUCGGGAUACGCGAUCAUCUUCCCUGACGGCGGAACUUCGGUCCCUAAAUGAAGGAUGACAAAACGGCGGAGAAAAGCAGUAUAAUGUUAGCCAUCUUCAUCGGGGGAGGCUGACACUCCGGCGGUCCGUCCCACGCGCCGGUCGUCCGGGGAGGCUCCCCGGGGCAUGCCCAGUGCCCGACACCAUGCCCAUGGCGGCAGGCUGGCUGCUGCGCCACUCGGUGGUCAUGUGUCUCCUGCUGCACAGCCUGGUGCUGAUGACGUGCUGCUUCCACCACGCCGCCACCAGCUGCUCGAAGAACUGCUACUGCUCCGAGAGCGAGGCCGGCGGCAAGACGGUGCGCUGUAGCAACCUCCAGCUGACGGAGAUCCCAGACGACCUGCCCAACGACACGCGACGCGUCUACCUGGACUUCAACCUCUUCACCGCCGUCCCCGCCAACGCCUUCGCCGGCCUCCCGUACCUGGCCACGCUGGACCUGUCGCACAACGAGCUGGCCCAGCUGGAGCCCGGGGCCUUCCGAGGGCUCGGGAACACGCUGCAGUUCCUGGACCUCUCGUCCAACAAGUUGACGAACUUCGUCCCGGAGGCCUUCGAGGGCCUGCGGGCCCAGGCCAACCUGACCAACAACCCGUGGCACUGUGACUGCAGCCUGCAGCUGGCCCUUCCCCGUGUGGACCUGGAGGCCGCCUCCCUGGCGGGCAUCGUGUGCCAGACGUCGGACCCGGCGGACAUCGGCGUGGAGGGUCUGGCCUUCCUGCUGGCGCCGGAGAUCGACCUGUGCGUGAUCAUGAAGAAGACCACGGACGUGGCUAUGCUGGUCACCAUGUUUGGCUGGUUCUCCAUGGUCAUCUCCUACCUGGUGUACUAUGUCAGGGCCAACACGGAGGACGCCCGCAGGCACCUGGAGUACCUCAAGUCACUGCCGCAGGUCAGCAUACCGGGCAAGUCCGAGGAGUCUUCGACCAUCAGUACUGUGGUAUAGCCCCGGGAGACAACUUGGGAACAGAGUGACCCAACGGUGGCCUGCUGUCAUUGUUCGCAUCGGAGGGGGGAACCGGUGGGCAACAAGACAUGUGUCCGUUGGCACAAGGGAAACCAGGCCUGAACAAUCCAACCCAGAUGAAUAAUUCAUCAAUCAGUGGCCCAUUAGGAGUUUGUAGGGGCUGAGUUGAAGGGUCCUGACUGCAACUAAAAGCAGAAGGAGGAGGUUUUUUGUUGACUUCCAAAUAUGGGAUUUAAAUGGGAUUUAUCCAGUGGUGCGUAGACCCUCUCCCUGCACCUUUUCUCACACAGACGCCAUUCAGGAGGCUAUGUCAGCGAGCUAGCCUGCCGGGGAAUUAAAAACAGUUGUAGCCCUGCUACAACAAACUCUUGACUCACAAUUAUUCCGUAUACAAUACAAAGUGUAUUCCAUUAAAAACCUUCAAUGAGGUAUUUAAUAGUAUAUUAACAGCGAAAAAUGUUGUUAGUUUCAAUUAAAAUUGUCUUUAUAAGAGUUCCUUGUGCAUAUUUUUGAUGAAGGCUCUUCCCCACAUCACGACUAUCUUGUAGACACAGAAGGUAUGAGAAUUUGAAUUUGAGGAAUUUAAUUUGAAUUUGACAGCAUUAGAUAUUCCUCCCGCGGUGUGGAUGGUAAUCACUUUGCCGUAGGAUGAAGGGCGCUCCGGCAGGUCUAUGAUGUUUGGGAUAGAUACCAUUAUAUUUUUUUUACUACAAAGCUUCGAUACUGAUCAGACCUGAGUAGGAAAAGAGGUCAGAGCC